CCCUCAACACCUCCAACCAUUGCCAACCCGUUAACUCUCAAAGGCGAAAUCGACAUAGCCCUUAAUCAUCUACGCAACGCAGAUCCCCUUUUAGCCCCUUGCAUCGAUUCCUUCAACCCUCCACAGUUCUUAACCGAUCGCGCACCCUUCUUCGCUCUCACCAAAAGCAUAAUCUCCCAACAACUUUCCAACAAAGCCGCCGAUGCCAUCGAAGCCCGUUUCGUCACCCUCUGCGGCGGCCGCCACUCCGUCCUCCCCGACGUCGUUUUGUCCCUCUCCCCUCAACAGCUCCGCCUCGUCGGCAUUUCCGGACCCAAAGCCUCUUACCUCCACGACCUCGCUUCCAAAUUCGCCGAUGGGGUUCUGUCCGAUUCUUCUGUGCUUGAAAUGGACGAUGACACGCUCCGCGACAAGCUCAUUUCUGUUAAGGGGAUUGGGCCUUGGUCCGUUCACAUGUUCAUGAUCUUCACUCUUCACCGCCCCGACGUUCUCCCUGUUGGAGACCUCGUCGUUCGGAGAGGCGUGGAACGCUUGUAUGGACUCAAGGCUUUGCCCACACCUUCCCAAAUGGAACGCUUGUGCGAGAAAUGGAAGCCUUAUAGGUCGGUUGGGUCUUGGUAUAUGUACAAGCUUGUGGAAGCUAAAGGGGUCUUUCCCACCCCCACUCUGAAUCAGCAAUAG